UAAAACUGCCGUCAUUCGGAGGCGGUGGUUCCGCUCGCCUGCUCCGACGUCUGAAGACCGCAAAAACUACUGCUGAAGCAUCCAACAACCAGGGCACAGCCUUUCGGUUUUCGCUUCAUCGACUUCUUCAUACUAAUACAGCUUUAAUCUUCAAAGAGGAGUAUAAUCGAAUGAGCAGGUGCUCAGACUUAAGAAGCUGCUGCUUUGUCGAAGACAAUGAUAUAUUGACAAACAAGUGAACAGAUACAGAUGUUGGUAUUCCGGCCAAGAUCCCUUAAAUAUAUAGAAUCUUUCACGAAAACUUCUACAUCCAGAUGGCCAUUUACACCUCAUUUUUAUUGCUCGGAUGCUCCUUGCAAGAAAUCCAAACUUGCUCCUCUGCAGGAGAGAAGAAUGAUAGAUAGGUUUAAGAUAUUUGCUAAAGGAGGUGAUGGUGGUAAUGGGUGCUCCAGCUUCCGGCGGAGUCGCCAUGAUCAUCAAGGCAGACCUGAUGGAGGAAAUGUGGGGAGAGGAGGUGAUGUGAUUUUGGAAUGCUCCCCCAGAGUUUGGGACUUCAGUGGCUUGCAGCAUCACCUGAUAGCAGAGAGAGGUGGACAAGGAGCAUCAAAGAAUAUGAUAGGAACCAGAGGCACUGAUAAAGUUGUCCAUGUACCAGUUGGCACUGUGCUUCAUCUUGUCAAAGGUGGAGAAGAAGAGAUUCUAUACAAUGUAGCUGAAUUAACGGAAGAGGGUCAACAAAUUAUUAUUGCUCGUGGAGGUGAGGGUGGUCCGGGAAACAUUUCUGCUUCCAAAGAUUCAAGAAAGUCCAUGACGGUUAAGGCAGCCGGUAAAGACAGAGCGUCCAAUCUCCAGGAUUGUGAUGGUGGUAGAUCAUCCCAUAGUGCUGGUUUGCCUGGUUCUGAGACAGUUCUCAUAUUAGAACUCAAGAGUAUUGCUGAUGUGAGCUUUGUGGGAAUGCCUAAUGCUGGUAAAAGCACUCUACUUGGAGCCAUAUCAAGGGCUAAACCUACUGUUGGUCAUUAUGCCUUCACAACCCUGAGGCCUAACCUAGGGAAUCUGAACUAUGAUGACUUAUCAGUAACAGUGGCUGAUAUACCAGGACUCAUAAAGGGUGCUCACCAAAAUCGCGGCCUUGGACACGCAUUUUUGCGCCACAUAGAACGCACAAAGGUUCUGGCUUAUGUAGUAGACUUGGCUGCUGCUUUAGAUGGAAGAAAAGGAAUUCCACCAUGGGAACAGUUGAAAGAUUUGAUUUUGGAGCUCGAGUACCAUCAGGAAGGUUUAUCCGAUAGGCCAUCAUUGGUAGUAGCAAACAAGAUUGAUGAGGAAGGGGCAGAGGAAGUGUAUGAAGAGCUGCAGAGAAGAGUGCAAGGUGUUCCCAUAUUUCCUGUUUGUGCCGUCUUGGAGGAAGGAAUACCAGAGCUUAAAACUGGCCUUAGGAUGCUUGUCAAUGGUGAAAAGUCAUGCAAGCUUUGCUUAGAUCAAAUUUUGCUCCAUUAGAUGGUUACAAUUUUUUUUUUCCCAAAAAAGAACUCGUUACAGCUAUUGGUGGGAACUUGUCUGUGUAACUAGAGUUUAGCAUGGCCUUUUUUUUUUUUCCUCUUGGAUGGUCCCGUCCUCUUCUGGUGGCACUUGGUUCUUCUCCGUUCAACCAAACGCAGGGUCUUUAGUGUUACCAUUUGCAUUUAUAUACAUUAUUAGAUUUUUUGA